AUGUCAUCCAAGAAGAACAGAAAGGUCUCGUGUGUCCACUGUCGAAAGCUCAAACGGAAGUGUGACGGGGAACUGCCGUGCUCCAACUGCCAGAAACGUAAUAUCGUGUGUGAGUACUCUCUGACAGACCGUCGUUCCCAGAGGUUUUCGCUUGUCUAUAUCAAGUCCUUGGAGACUAACGCUGAGAUCUAUGAAAACAUCCUUAAUGACUUGGUGCUGUUACGAGGCGACAAGGACGCUUUACUGGCGAAACUUGCUUCUAUCGAGGCCACGUUCCCGCUUACAGGCACGCUGAAACCGUUGGAACAGGUGCUGGAGGAAAUGGCCAGUAUCCAGCUGAACGAGGCCAGUGCAGAGAACGAACGGGCCCAUCUUGACGACGAAGAAAACUACUACGGGCCGGGCUCCAUCUACCAUUUUGGAGAAUACACCACGCCUGAGCUGCUGAAGGACCUGCCCCUGGAACGGACGCUUACCAGCUUGGAGACUGUCCAUACAAACUAUAACUUUAUCAAGAGCAUCGUGGUCAAUUUCUUUACUCACCAGUGGCCGCUGUCGAACUCGUAUUAUCUUGAUAAAAAUGCCAUUCUCACUGAUCUUCACAAGGGCAACAUCUACGAAAGUACUUAUCUUUCAGAGGAACUACUCUAUGCGAUUUGCGCUAACUCCGAAUCGCUUUCCUACGAAGAGGCUGACGCAUACAAGCUUCUAGCCUUGAGUAAAGUUUACCCUGCGGAAGUGAAACUGCUGAUACCUUUGGCCCAGGCUUAUAUGCUUCUUGCUGCUCAUGAGUUCUCUCUAGGGAAAGUCACCAGCGGCUGGCAGCUUUCGGGCUCUGCCAUGAGAAUGGGCUUUGAUUUGGGCUUCCACCACCAGAGCGGCCCGGAAACGGACGCCAGGAAGAACAGGCUUCUUUUUGGGUUCAUGCUUAUUGAUUCCUACAUCUGUAUGGCUGUGGGAAGACCAAAUACCAUCACUCAGAAUAAUGUAUCCGUGAUGCGCUUGCCGAACGAACACGACGCUGAAUUCCAUAACAUUCGUGAUGCUGUCCUGCUUUUGGAACUCACCAGACCCAUGCACAAGGCCACUUACGAACCUAUUCUGUUUAAUAAGGACCCUCGUAUCAACUACUUGUUGAAAUUCAACAGAUCCAAGAUGUUCAAUGUGAAGAUUCUCAAGUGGAAGUCUGAUCUAGAUCCAGCUUCCCACUGGCUGUAUGCCCUGCUCAAGGCGCUGGACGACUUGGCUUUCCAAAACCACAACCUCAAGUUCAUAUAUUGGUACGUUUUGCUAUUCAUCAACAAACCUUUCUUGCACGUCCCACGCCAAUACUCAGCGGGCUAUAUUAUCGAGGAAAUGUCCAAGGAAGUGUACCUUAUAGUAAACCUGCGCCUUGAAAGAAUGGAAAUGGAAGCCAGGUCACAACAGCUAUAUCCAACCGACUCCUUUAAGUUUGUUCGCUAUGACCAAUCCGAUCCUUACCACUGGGCAACAUUGGAUAUCUGUAUGAUUACGCUAUUGUCCCAUGUUGUGGUAACCUUGAUAAUGGACCAUCCAAAUUGUUACAUGUACAUGGAGAAACACCUCAAGACAUUUACGAGGUACUUGAAUGGUGUCAGUGCCAGAAAGUAUAAGUGCAAACACAGCGCAAUGGAGCGUCUUCUUGAAAGAUACAGAACAUGGAGAGCUUCAAGAACAGACUUGCCUUCCACUAGACUGGCUCCUUCAGAAAGCGAACCAUACGAAAUGAAGCAACUCAAGGAAUCCAUUGAUGCAGCUGAAUCAUCGCCAUACUCGCUUCUGACAGGCUCUGAACACGCUGAAACGCCAGGUUCUGGUUACGGCGUCACUUCAGGAAGUGACAGUUUGCUGCCGUUUGACAAGAAGGUCGAUGACAGAAAGGCUAAUGAACCAAGGGCCUAUGCUCCUGAACAGAUGCCAGGCAACCAGAACAUUAAUCAAGGUCCAAUGUAUAAUCAGCCACCCGCAGAUGCCCAUGGCCAUUUGCCUCCUCCACAUCAACAACAGCCACCACUCCAGAUGUUGGAAAAAGUACAGUUCGACAAUUCCCAAAUCAAACCGCCUUACUAUCACGGUCCACCGCCUCACGAAUACGGACAAUAUCCUGUUCCACAACCACCACACGGGCCUCCAUUCCACCACCAAGCUCCACCGCCUAAUGGACCACCGCCCAACCAGCCGCCUUUCCCUCCCCCACAAAUGGCUCAUCCUAUGAUGUAUGGCCAAAUGCCUCCACAGCCACCUAUGGCAGAUAUUCAAAGCACUCCACACAGCAACUACAGCGUACCUCAAUCGAAUCCACCAAUGUCUCACGAACCAUCGCUUGCAAGUGUUCCACUGUUCAGUGGCCAGGCGCCACCAACAGAAGAUUCGUUCAGAACAGCUGAGACAAGUCAGAUCGCAGAACCACAAGUGGAUAAUUAUGCUGGCCCUUAUGACGGAAGCAUGCAACAGAAUAUUAAUUUCUACGAGGCCAUGACUCAGCCAUUGCCUGACUCACAGGGCUACAAUGAGUUCCAGGGAGGCCAGGCGCCUUCCAGUUCUGGUUCAGACGAUGUUGGCCAGAUGAUGGAUACGUUAUUCAGAAACACAGGUGAAGAGUUUGAGGCGCCCACAGACCAGUUUAAUUGGGAUAAGCUUUUUGACGAAAAGUAUGUUGUCGCUUAA